UUCGGAUCGGAGGAGCACGAAUGUCGGAAUAUGUCGGUUUCGUCAGACUAGAAACUACCAGUAAACAUACUGAAAUUGCAACUUUGACAGUGUCGUUUUGCAGUGAAAUCAUUGCUUUUGCGUACGUCUAGAAAUUCUACUCUGACUUUCUGACUGGCGUUGAAGAAAAGUGCUAUCACUGUUAUUUGACUGACCUCAACGAUGAAGCGAGUCAUUCUGUUUAAGAAUGGCACGGAUACGGACGGAAAGGUAUUUCUUGUGACUCAUUCUAUGGAAGAACUCUUGACUGCUGCUAGCCAGAAAUUUAAAGUUAACGCCAAACGACUUUUCACUCCUCAAGGAGGAGAACUAGAUGACCUAAAACUUAUAAGAGAUGAUGAUGUGCUAUAUGUGUCAGCUGGAGAGAGCUUUAUCCCUCUUCAACCAUGCUUAGCAUCAAAGAAGAAUGACACCCUUCUUCCUGCAACUUCAAGUACAGCAACAUCAUCUAAAGAUUGGGUUACACUAAAUGUUGGUGGUAAAUAUUUUACAACAUCCAGAAGUACACUCGUAUCAAAAGAACCUUUGAGCAUGUUAGCGAGAAUGUUUGCUGAAGGUGAAAAUGGAUAUCUCAUGACACCUAGUAAUGUUGAUCACAAUGGUGCUUACUUGAUUGAUAGAAGUCCAACUUAUUUUGAACCUAUUUUAAACUAUUUGCGGAAUGGUCAGUUGAUAUUUGAUACUAAUGUCAAUCCGGAAGGUGUACUGGAAGAAGCUCGUUUUUUUGGGUUGGAGUCACUGGUUCCCCAACUAGAGGCCAUGAUUACAAGCAAUCAACGGUCAAGGGACAAUCUUCCCUUGAGCCGUAGAGAUGUCAUUAAUGCACUAGUCUGUACUCCAUUUACAGCAGAAUUAAGAUUUCAAGGGGUCAAUUUGGCUGGUUCUGACCUGUCGCGGCUAGAUUUAAGAUAUAUUAAUUUCAAAUAUGCUUGUCUACAUGGAUGCCGCAUGGUUGGAGCCAAUUUAAGCUGGUGCUGUUUAGAACGAGCUGAUCUAUCUCACGCCCAGCUGGAAGGAGCACAUCUCUUGGGAGUGAAAAUGUUAUGUGCCAACUUGGAAGGUGCUAAUUUGCGAGGUUGUAAUUUUGAGGAUCCAGCUGGUAGCCGUGCCAAUAUGGAGGGAGUCAAUUUGAAAGGAGCGAACCUUGAAGGAAGUAAUAUGGCAGGAGUUAAUCUAAGAGUUGCUACUCUUAAGAAUGCCAAUUUGCAAAAUUGUGACCUUCGUGCUGCUGUUCUUGCUGGUGCAGAUCUCGAGAAUUGUGAUUUAUCUGGAAGUGACUUAAAUGAGGCAAAUCUUAGAGGCGCCAAUUUAAAAGGUGCUGCCUUUGAACUGAUGCUUACCCCACUUCAUAUGUCCCAAGCAAUACGUUAAAAAAAUGAGAAGUGGCAACCUAAUUACCUGACUGAAGUCUGCAAUUUGCAAAAGUAAGAUAUUAUCUUUCCUUCUAUGUACUGUAUAUAUAAAUGUAUAUCUAUCACAAUUGUAUGGAAGAAAAAUACCUUAUUAUGCCUUUAUGAACAUGUAAUUUUGAGGAUUCUCUGCUCUGGUUCAUGUACAUUGUAGUUACCUAGCAAUAACAACAUUUGAUUUCAAGUUUUUAUCUAAUUCCAUCAAAAGUUGUUCUUACGUUAGUUGGUAGUCGACUAAGCUGUGUCAUACAACACUGAUACUUUCAUGCAUGUUGAGGUGGAUUUUGUCUUUUGAGGAUGAGGCCGCACCUCUGGUCCAAUCACAAUUCUUCAAAAUUAUUAUUUGUUUCAAAACCUCGUACCUCGUGUGUUGUGCCUUGUGCAUUGUGCCUCAUACCUAACAAGAUGAAAUCCAUUUGUUUUAACUUCUAUCAUAUGUCCUUGCUAAUGAAGUUCUUAACGACGCAACUCCUGAGCCAUGGGAUAAUCUGAAUCACUCAUUGCUGCAAACAUGAUUGAAAAUUUAAUAAUUGACGCAAAAUUUCCUGUUGUGGUUGAUUUUGUUUAUUAGAUUCAAAUUAAUUUGACUCAAGGAUAGCAAUAUUUAACUGUUAUACAGAAUGAACUUUAGUGCUGGUUUUAUUUGAUUCUUAUUUUAAUGUUUUGUUACCUCAUGUCUUUCAUCUUUCAUAACAUUUCCAUCUGUGGUGACUAAGCAAAGUCACUGAGUUGUUUUUUUUCAAAACUUCUUGUUACUAUUUUUGUUAAAACAAUGUUCCCCCAUUAACCAGAAAAGGUGUUACUUCAUUAGUUGUGUUUUUCUAUGAUUUAAUUUUAUCUGUUCAAUUUAUAUCACGUGUAAAAAUUUAAAGACUUAAAGAAGUUUUUACAAUAUCCCCCUAGAGAAUAGGCAGGUAGAGUAAAACAAAAGGAACAAGUAUUUGUUUUUAUUAGGCUUCAAGUCUGAAUAAUUGAUUUGUUUCUUAAAUCUGUUUUAAAUGAAAGUAUGUAUUUCUAUUGAUGUGUGAUUUAUCUUUAUGGGCAUUUAUCUAUCUUUAGAACUUUUGAAAUAUUUUAGACAGCUUAAGGUGCAGAAAAAUAGACUUGAUUUUGAUAUGCUGCUUUGCUGUGAUUAAACACGCUUCCAAGGGUAUCAAGUUUUGUGCAAGUUGUAACAAUAUGCUACAGAUUAUAUCCACCCGAUUACUUUUUGAACAUUUUUACAAUAUGGCUUAAAAGUUAGCUUUUGCUGUUCCAUAGGUUAAACACGUUGUACCUUUACUUUCACUUUAAAGUUUUUGUAAUUUGCAUCUAAAAGAAUUUUGAUGUUUACUGUACAGUACGUGCCAAGGUGUUUGUUUGCCAUUUGAUGGCAUUUAAUUUUGCCUUCCAUUCUUGGCAUCACAUUAAAUUAUUCCUUUUUAAUAAUUUGUUAGGAAACUGUUCUGAAGGCGGUUGUUUUAUUAAUAUUUACUUGGAUUACAGGGCAUUUUGUUGGAAAAUACCUUGUCAACAACUUAGCGUCUUUGUAAAGCAGCCUGUGAUUUUGUAUAUGAUGAAACAUAACGCCUAACUCCUAGAGCAAAAAUUUUUUUGUUAAUUGAAAACAUAACCAAAAAGUAAAUUGAUAUAUUAGGAAUGUAAGGCUUUUAACUGACAUUUGACUGGUAACAUCCUAUUAACUUUGUCAGUUCUCUUGAUAAAAAUUACAUCUUGCUUUAUUUGGUAGUACCAUAUUCACCUGAAUACAAGACUCCCUUUUCCCCCUGGAAAUUUGUCUCUGAAGUAUUUUUUGCCUUGACUUUGGCUCCUUUAAAGUAGGGUGGUCUUAGACGCGGGGUGGGUCUUACAAUCAGGUGAAUAUGGUAUGUGUACACACAGAUGGUUGGAACUGUUUGUACAUAUUUUCUUUCAGAGACAACCUCAUUACUGAGGUUGCUGAGUAGGUUACGGCAGGAGAAUAACACUCCUAUACAUUCCAUGGUUAACUCUUGCAUUCCAUUGAUUCAGUGUUCUGUGAAACAGGCUUGAUGGUCUAAAAAUAUUAUUGACCUUAUACAAUGCCAAAAAUUGUCUCACUACAUUUGAUACUUGGAAGCCAGAUGAAUCACUUAUGAUAUACAUAUAUACCUAAGAAAUAUGAAUGUAUCUUCUCAUGGUGAAAAUAGUAAACUCUCUAUUGAACUGUUCUGGAGUCCGAAGAUUGCUGACAUUGCACGUUGAAAAGCUACUUUCUAGCUGAAAUUGGUAGGCUGAAGUGAAUCUUAAUUCUCAACUUUUCUGGAUCUUACAAGUUCUAGACUUUUAAACUGCAGAUGUGCUAAGGUUGCUAAAUAUAGUGUGAUUGUUAAAGAUUUUUUAAAAAUCUAAUAAGUUAGUCUGAUUUUAUGAGUUGCAUAAAUGUAUUUGAACUGUGUUAUAAAAGUUGUAUGUUUAUUGAUUCUUGUUCUCUGAACGGAAUUGUUGUUUUUGUGCUGGAAGUUAAUGGAGAUCAAUCUUGCAUCAUACAUUUAUUAAACUGUUGUAUGUGUUUAUUGUA